CCCGUCUGCAAUGCCUGUGGCCUCUACAUGAAGCUCCACGGGGUUCCUCGACCUCUUGCUAUGAAAAAAGAAGGAAUUCAGACCAGGAAGCGAAAACCUAAGAACAUAAAUAAGUCAAAGGCAUGCUCUGGUAACAGUACUACUACAGUUCCUAUGACUCCAACAUCCACGUCUUCUACUAACUCAGAUGACUGUAGCAAAACCGCUUCUCCUGGCGCACAGACUGCAGCCUCCGGGGCGAGCUCAUCGGUGAUGUCUGGCACAGGAGAGAGCACCAGUUCCGAAAGCAGCAACCUUAAGUAUUCAGGUCAAGACGGGCUCUACACAGGAGUCAGCCUGACCUCCACGGCCGAAGUGACAGCAUCUGUAAGACAGGAUCCCUGGUGUGCCCUGGCUCUGGCAUGACCCAGCAUGAGAGAAGCUGGAUCCCGGCACUGCGCAGCAGCCCCUAGACGUCUGUCCACGGUUUCUUCUGCAGAGCGGUCACGGAGGCAGCGAGAGUGCUGGCAAAGACCAUUCCUAUGAGAUUGUUUCCGUGCCUUGGUGGCAGAGGUAUUUUUCAGCCUCUGAAAGAGGCUCUGCCGAAGCAUCCAGUUCCUCAUCUAUGCAAGAAAAAUAUAGGGAAAGGAAAUGCCCACCAGGGGAUAGCUAAUGCACCCUUACACUCUCAAAAAAAA